UUUGAUAGGUAAGAUGUGGAAGUAAAAAAAAAGAGAGUCAAAAUGACACCACAUGUUUUGGAUUGAACAACUGAAAUGAUUUCCAUUAACUGAGAUAGGGAAGUCUGAAGUGGGAUGUAGUUUAGAAAGGAAUGUCAGCUGUCUGACAUAAAGUGUAGUAAAUUUUUGUUUUGUGUUGUUUUGUUUUGUUUUUGGGAGGGUGGCUCCAUUUUACUUCAGAAACUGACUGUGUUCAGGGUUCAAUAUUGUCACCUAGUGAAUUAUUCUUGUGUUCAUGACAGGUAAGAAGCUUCUUGCUAUAAAAACUAACCCACCAUUUUCUAACUUUUUAGACAAAGCUGCCUUGGAAAGAGCCAAGAAAAAAAUCCAUCUCCCUUUGGCUGAGGCAGUACAGCUGAGUGGCCCUCAGGGGAACCCAUGGAACCCCAGAAGCUGUUGAGCAUUGGAUUUCUGCUAUGCUCUCUGACUUGCCUCUUAUUGGAAACUGUAGUUUCCUCUGUGUUACCUUCAUCUGCCUUUGGAAUACAAGACAAAGCAGGAUUUAAACCACGCUCAAGGGAAAACCACAGGACCUGGCAGAGUAACUUCAGAGAUUACUUGUGGGAUCUCAUCAAAAUUUCCAUACCUCCAGCAGCCAUUUUUGCUUUUGUCGUCAGCACAGCACUAAUGGGGAUCCUCUGCUGCCUCACGUAA